AUGAGAAAGAGCUUUGGGGCAGGCACCUGUAAGAUCGAUGUGUAUAUCGUGUCCUGGGUUUCCCUGGACCAGAAUCCACCCUGUCAGAUGUCUGUUUUUUGUUUGUUUUUCUCAAAGGUGGCCUUGAACAAGGAGGGCAGGUGGCAUGUCGGGCUUCCGCUUGGUGACAUCACCCCCUUGCCCCAGCUCUCUGGGGGGCUUUCGGGUACCGGGCCUGAAGGAAACCUGCUCUAUGUGAUUUGGAGAAAGAUGCACUUGUUUCGCAGCUGUAGCUAUCAGAUCCAGCUGGAGGGGCAGAAAGGCGGCACCCCCAGGAUCCAGGGCAUCCGAUGGACCCCGCUUCCAGACAGUGAGCAAGCCUUGGUGUCCAGCCACAACCUGAAGCAGGUGUCAUCAAACAAAAUCCAGAAGGCAGGGAGGCUCCUUGCUGCACACUUAGCAAUCAUGUAUCCAGACCUUAUCCGUGAUCAUAAGCACCACCUCCGGCUCUACAGGCAGUGCUCCUCGGGCAAGGAGCUGGUGGACGCGCUGCUCAGCGCCGGGCUGUCGGUGCAGACUCGCAGCCAAGCCCUCGGACUCUGCCAGGUGCUGAUGGAUGAAGGAGUCUUGGCUCAUGUACGGCAGGAAAGCUAUUUCCAAGACCGCGAUGCCCAGUUUUUCCGUUUUGUCGCCCUGGAGCCAAGGGCUGGGGACCAAGAUGGGGAAGAGCUACAGGAGGCACUGGCGUUGCUCUCCCAACUGGGCCCAACUGCCUUGCUUACCACCAUCCUGCGCAAACCCCCUGGCCACCGCACUGAGGAGGAGCUCGCACUGAUCUUUGAAGAACUUCUCCACAUCAAAGCCGUAGCCCAUCUCUCCAAUUCUGUCAAGAGAGAGCUGUCUGCUGUGUUGCUGUUUGAGUCCCAUGCAAAGGCCGGAACUGUGUUGUUCAGCCAAGGGGACAAGGGCACAUCCUGGUAUAUCAUCUGGAAGGGAUCGGUCAAUGUUGUCACUCAUGACAAGGGAUUAGUGUGCACCCUCCAUGAGGGUGAUGACUUUGGGCAGCUGGCACUGGUGAACGAUGCCCCCCGGGCAGCCACCAUCAUCCUCCGCGAAGACAACUGCCACUUCCUGCGUGUGGACAAACGGGACUUCAAUCGCAUCCUCAAGGAUGUUGAAGCCAACACCCUGCGGCUGAAGGAGCAUGGGAAGCUGGUGCUCGUCCUGGAGAAGAAUUCACAAGGCGGUAUUUCUAGUCACCUUCCUGGGAUUCCAGGGAGCAGUAGAUACACAGUUAUGGCUGGGACCCCUGAAAAGAUUCUUGAUUAUCUGUUGGAAACCAUGCGUUCAGACUCUACUCUCUCGGACCCCGUAGACACAUUCCUUGGAGAUUUUCUCUUGACGCACAACGUGUUCAUGCCUACACCACAGCUUUGCAGAGUUCUGCUCGAACACUUCCAUGCGGAGCCUUCCGAUGGCACUGAACACGACAAGGCUGCCUACGUCCUGAGCAAAAAGCAGAAGAUCCUUUGGCUGGUGAACCAGUGGGUGAUGCUGUACGGACGCUUGCUGCAGGCAGAAUCCAGCGCCUUGACCUUCUUGCAGACCCUUUCUGAAUGUGUGGCCGAGGACACUCGUUUGGGUCCUGUCCUGAGGGAACAGCUGCAGGAUCAUCGCAGGAACCGAGUGUUAGAAAAUGGCAGCAGCCACACCCUGUCUCCGAAACUUCAGGUGAGGAAUGCUGUGGACUGGUUUGCCAGCCAGGAGGAGCCAUUUCUGAACAGCAGCUACACCAUCAGAGCUCAGGACAAAAUUGCCUAUGACAUAUAUAGGCCAGACUAUUCCUGCCUGACGACGGUGGUGCCGGUGAACGCUCCCAUGAAGGAAGUCCUUGCCUCGCUGGCCGACAAUCAUGACUGGAGCAAAGAAUGGAUCCUAGUCAAGGUCAAUUCAGCAGGGGAUAAAGAAGUAUUGCCCAUGGAGUCCAUUGGCGUGUUUACGUCCCUGGGGUUGAACGAGAGGCUCUUUGCUGUCAGCCUUCAGGAGCUCCACACCUUGGCCCCUCACCCUGAGCAGCUAGGCCCUGCUGUGGGCACUUGGGACAGCCUGGAUUUCAUCAGUUCCAAGGAUCUGUCCAAUCAGAUCACAGAGCAUGACUGGAACCUCUUCAAGAGCAUCCAUCAGGUGGAGCUGAUUUACAGCAUUUUCGGGCCUCAGAAGUUCCCCAGCGCCACCACGGCCAACCUGGAGCGUUUCCUGCGUCGUUUCAACGAGCUGCAAUUUUGGGUCACCACAGAGAUCUGCCUCUGCCCGGAGGUCAUCAAGAGGGCCCAACUUCUCCGCAAAUUCAUCAAGCUGGCGGCACACCUGAAGGACCAGAAGAACCUGAACUCCUUCUUCGCGGUGAUGUUUGGCUUGGGCCACUCCAGCGUCAGCCGCCUCUCAAGGACAUGGGAGAAGCUUCCACACAAGACCAGAAAGUUGUACAGCUCCCUGGAACGCUUGCUGGACCCCUCUUGGAAUCACCGAGUCUAUAGACUGGCUAUGGCUAAACUAACUCCACCCAUCAUCCCCUUUAUGCCCCUCCUUCUUAAAGACAUGACCUUCAUCCAUGAGGGAAAUCGCACAUUGGUGGAGAACCUUGUCAAUUUCGAAAAGCUGCGCAUGAUGGCCAAGGCGGUUCGUCUUGUGCAUCGCUGCCGGAGCCACCCCAACCUUCCACUGUCCCCCUUGCGGAGUCGUCCUCAGCACCUCCUGGAAGAAGCUCGGGCAAUGCGUGCCUCUACUUGUUCAGAGCAAUCCCUCAGCACUCGGAGCCCUGCUGCUACCUGGGCCUACAUCCAGCACUUGCGGGUGAUUGACAACCAGAAAAAACUUAUACAGCUCUCACGAGACCUUGAAUCCUGAUGCUGCAAGAGCCCCCCCCCCCCAACUAGGACACAAGAUGUACAGAUCGCCUGACCUAGGGCAAGAACUGCUGUGAAGGGCAUCUUCUUGAGGGGGGUUAACGCUGCUUUCAAGACUAGGCCAUGUACAACUCUGAGCAGAUGGGAAGCGAAUGCCUCAUUCCCUCUGUGGCGCCCAUGAACUCAAUCCUGAAGCCAGGAUAGUUGGUAUGAGCUGCAACCAGGGCCAGAGGAAGGAGGUGCCUGCUUCUGUGGUUCUUUUUGUAAACUACAUAGUCUCCGGCUUGUAAAGGACUGCUUCGUGGAACUCAUUUGGCUGCCUCAUGGUGAAAGGAGCAAACACUCCCAUUAUCGCUAAUCAGUGUUCAAGAGAAAUGUGGAUUUC